CCUUCGUCGCGGUUCCCCGCGGCCCGCGCGGCGGGGCCUGGUCUCUCCCCUCAGCGUUGGGCUGGCGGACCCCGGCGCGGCGGCGCUGGGCCGUCCCACCGCCACCAGCGGGGCUCAGCCGCCCGCCUGAGGGGACGCUCCGCCGCCGCAGCCCCCUCCCCCGUCCCCGGGGCGAGAGACCCGGAGUCUCUGUGUUCGGAGCCCUUGGGCCUGCAGCAGGUGUAUGCGGCCGGUAGCGUGUCGGAGGUGGCGGCGAGGCGCUCGUUUGCCCGCUGCGUUUCCCGAGAUCGGUGCCGAUUACGUGUUUUCUGGUUGGGUAGUUGUGUUUUGGAGGGGAAAUUUUCUCGUGUGCUUAAAUUUGGUUAUGUAGCUUUGAUACUUUGCUGGUUGGCGUGCUGGCGUAGUCCAGUGAAUAGAUGAGUGGAUGUGGGGAUUUUGCUAGGUUUUUGGCGUUUGGGUUUGUUUUUUUCUUCCCCUUGGCAAAGACCACACUAUAAAUUUGUACAUGUAAGAUGUAGUAUUUGAGCUGUAUUUAUGAAUUAAAAAAACCCCAACUACUUAAGUGCAAAAAUAAAACUUAAGAAAAGAUGAUGAAGUUGACAGUUCAGGAGGAUGCAUCACCUCUAAUUAGAGCUUCUCUAAGUAGUCUUAACAAUUUUGUUGACAAUGAUUUGCAAGGAACAAAUAGUUCAGGAUCAUUGGGUGGUCUUGAUGUUCGUAGAAGAAUCCCUAUAAAGCUCAUCUCAAAACAAACCAAUAAAACCAAACCUGCACCUCGAACUCCAAGAAAUAUGAACAGGAUGCCUUCAAAGACACAAGCUGGUGAUGAAGAAGAAUUUGAUUAUAACGAAGAGGAACGAUACGAAUGCAAAGGAGGUGAAAUGUUUGGCAAUCAAAGGAGAUUCCCUGGACCCAUCUUUUGGGACUAUAAGAUAAACUUGCUGGGGGAAAAGGAUGAUACACCGGUCCAUUUCUGUGACAAGUGUGGAUUGCCCAUCAAAAUGUAUGGACGCAUGAUACCUUGCAAGCAUGUUUUCUGCUAUGACUGUGCUAUACUACAUGAGAAAAAAGGAGACAAAAUGUGUCCAGGCUGUAAUGAACCUGUGCAGCGAAUCGAGCAGUGUGUCCGAGGGUCUCUCUUCAUGUGUAGCAUUGUUCAAGGGUGCAAGAGAACUUACCUGUCGCAGAGGGACUUACAAGCUCACAUCAACCACCGUCACAUGAGAGCUGGAAAGCCUGUUACUCGUCCUCCAAUUGAACCUGUACAUCCUCCUAUUGCCCCACCGCCUGCCGAAAUUCCUGAGCGUUUCAUAAUGCCACCUGAGAAACAUCAUAUGAGCCACAUUCCGCCAAAGCAGCACAUCAUGAUGCCACCACCUCCUUUACAGCAUGUGCCACAUGAGCAUUAUAACCCACCACACGAAGACAUUCGUGCGCCUCCUGCAGAGAUGUCAAUGGCUCCACCGCCACCUCGCCCAGUCAGUCAGGACACCUUCCGCAUUUCGACGAGAAAACACAGCAACUUAAUAACUGUCCCUAUUCAGGAUGAUUCAAAUUCAGGUGCUCGAGAACCACCUCCACCAGCCCCUGCACCUGCUCAUCAUCAUCCUGAAUACCAGGGUCAACCAGUGGUAUCGCACCCUCAUCAUAUUAUGCCUCCACAGCAACAUUAUGCGCCACCCCCACCACCACCUCCACCAAUAAGCCAUCCACUGCAGCAUCCUCCCCAGGCAGCAGGUACUCCUCACAUGGUAUAUAGCCAAGCUCCUCCACCACCAAUGACCUCUGCUCCUCCUCCAAUAACCCCGCCACCUGGACAUAUAAUUGCCCAGAUGCCACCAUAUAUGAAUCAUCCUCCUCCAGGACCUCCCCCUCCUCAGCAUGGAGGCCCACCCGUAAAUGUAAACGCACCCCCUCCCCAUCACUAUAAUCCUAACUCUUUGCCACAGUUCAGUGAAGAUCAAGGAACUCUUAGUCCCCCUUUCACACAGCCUGGGGGAAUGAGUCCAGGGAUAUGGCCAGCUCCAAGGGGGCCUCCUCCACCUCCAAGGAUGCAAGGGCCUCCUGCUCAGGCCCCGCUUCCUGGACCACACCACCCUGAUCAAGCCAGGUACAGACCCUAUUACCAAUGAUACGAGCAAUUGUAUGAAUAGAGAGUGCUAUGAAGAAGAUAAAACUAUAUACGACAACCUUUUAAUUAAUUGUUUUGGGGUUAUUUUGUUGUGGUUUUUUUUAAAUACUGUCUUUUUGACUGUAAGACAUUUGGGGGUUGAAUCUUAAAUGAUUUUUAAGCCUUGGCUGUAGGACUCUGACUUCAAAUAUUCUGUAGUGCUAAAAUAAGUGGCUUUAGUAGACCACAGUUGCAUUUUAACAGAAAUUCUGUCUCUAGUGUGACUGAAUUGUCCUAAGAUGAACACUUGUAAUAUUAUUUCCUGGAGAAAAUGAACACGUGUUGUACCAUUCUGAAUAUUAUUUUUUGUUAAAUCCAGUGUUUAGUUUCACUUGUGGUACAUUUUUGUUAACCUGUGUACAAUAAUUAAAUUGAAAUAUGGUUGUAAAAGUGGUGGGUUUUUAUAUGAAGUUAACACAGACAUAGUUCCCAAACACCAUUUUGGCACUAAUACUUUCCAAAUGAGCAGCAUAAUGAAAUAUUAAGGGAAUGUUAAUAUUUCUCCUACUAACAGUUACCAUUGCUUACAAUGAAUUCAGCUAUAGUGAAUUCGUGUCAUUAGAAAUCAGACAUGCAGAAUACUGCAUUUUGUCUUUUUCUUUCUUUUUUUCCUUUAAAUUCAUGCAGCAAGAGAAAUUUAUCAGAAAUACAGCUUUGAGCAUGACAAGAAACCAUGUGAUGUAAUGAGAGUUUUGGUGGGUGUUGGUUUGUUUUUGUUUGGGUUUUGGAGUUGGUUGCUUGGUUUGUUUUAAAGCUAGUUUUGGUUCAGAAGGUCCUGUUUACAUGUACACUGCUCACCAGUUGAAUUCAAACUAUUGUGUUUGCCUGUGGCUACCUUUGCGUGGAAGUGGCUGUGAAUUGGCUUUGCCAUGUCUGUGAGAAGCAGACUAUUUUUGGUAGGGAAAUGGUGUUUGCCUCUGUCACUUUAUAUAAUAAAUAUGUACAGAAGGAAAAUAUCCCAUUUAGAUAACCUGAAAGAACUGGUUUGAAAUCCCUUAUGUAGGUAUAAAGAAAUAAAAAAAGCUACGCAUCCUUUAUCUGUUUUGAUUUUGUGAUACAGAUUUAAUUGAACAGACAAUAUUUAGGUAUUUUGUUUUGCUUUUUUAAAAAAGUAGCAAUACAAGCAGGCCCUCAGAUCUGUUUUGGCCCCCAAUUUAUGUUUUAUAAGCAUACUUCUUUUAAAGAGAAAUAUAAUAAAUAGAAAAUGAGAAUGUUCUCUUUUUAGUGCAGCUGGUAGCAGAACUGGAUGAUAAUAAAACAAUAGUGUCUGGUGUUUGGAGUGCUUAUCUUUGCAUUUCUAAUCAGUGUUGGUGCUGAACACUUGUUUUUUCAAAAUGCCACAUUUCUAGCAGUGGUGCUUUCAGAUGAAGAAAUCUUGUGUUUUUUUCGAAGGUUUGCAGUUUCCUACUGUUCUUGAAUAAUCUGAGCCAUCCUAAAGUCUCAGUGUCACCAUUUAUUUUGUAAACCUUUUUCCCUGCCAAAUUUAUGAAAGAGCUUUGGCAGUGCAACAUUCCAGAUUUUUAAAUUUUACAUAUAAGCCACAUAAUUUUAAUUGGCACGGUAAGGGCUCUCUAGAUUUACUCUCUGUCCUUGACUGCCAUUGAUAUCCCUGUGACCAUGGGCAAAUCUUUUAGACUACCUUUCAAAUAAAUACUUUGUCCGAGAAAUGCAAAUGAAUUCUGAGAUAUACAUAUAAAUCCUGGGGUAUACAAAUGGCCAGUAAGUGUCAAUUGAUUAAAAGUCUGCUUAGCUGUAAUGUGCGUCUUUCUAAGAAUUCUUCGUUUUGGUUUCUCUGAAAAAUAACUCAUUUUAAAUCACACCGGUGAAGAAGCAGCUGAUUGCGAUAGUGUGCUAUGGUAUGAGGUUGGUUGAAAAUUUACUGUUUCAGCAUCAAUGAAGGUGAAAAUGACUCUGCCAGCAUUAUUUUGUUUCAGAAACUUACAAUAAACACAUGAGGAACUUUUAAGGACCCCCCUUUGUCAUUGUUAAAUUGUUUGGUAAGAGGUAGGCUUAGGCACGUUUAUAUUACAACAUACAGCUUCAUCUGGGAGGAGAUCUGCGUGUCUGAUAAAUAUUCUUUGACUCUGCAAAGCCAAACUUCUGUGUGACAUACCUGUUUUAAACAGAUUUAUUGAUGGUUCUAGGAACCAGCUUCAUUCUGUUUGGGCUGAGAAGGUAACACGUGGGUUUACGAGGACACCACGUGACAGGCUUUUGUGUAGGGAGGUGUGUCAGCCUCACCAGUGCACUCUGGUGUGGAAAAUAAGACAUUGUGAAAUCAGCUAUUAUCUGUUAAUUGCAGGUGAUGAGGAAAUUAGGCAACUCUUUCCAUCAUGCUCGUUUCUAUAAAUAAGUCAGGUUGCAUACUUCUGUUACGUGUUGCCCAGUCUGUUGUGAAACAGAGGAAGGGUUCAAGCUUAAUAAUUAUGGGUCCAAAGUUAUUCUUGAAGUUAUUGGUAAAGUGCUUUUCUGAAAAUGCAGAGACGGUUGAAUUUAAUAAGGGAAAACAGCAGCUUUUGCCCUUUGCUCUAGCAAAAAGCACAAAUGAUAAAUGUCACUGUAGAGAAUGUAUGAGACUUUUUUUCUGUUUAUAUUUGAGGCAAAGUUGACAUGUCAUAUGGACAAUGACAUAUUACCCACAAAAAAUCAGUGGGAUCCCUUGAAUUGUUUACUGACCGUGGAUCAAAACUCUUUGUGAUAGAGAACUUACUGCAAAGUCAACUUCUGUAGGCAGGACCUGGGUCAAAUUUCUACAUCUUGCUUGUGUCGGAAGACCCAAAUAAUUUUUUUUUUUAAUUAAGUCUUAAGUAUACCUAUAUAACUAAGGGUACUGUUGAUGCUUUCAUAUUUACAAAGUUAAAAAAAUGUCUGCGUUGAUUGAAACCUUAUGUUAACAGUAUUUUUAAUUUGUUUACCGAGUUUUGGGGGUGUGUUGGGGUUGGGUUUUUUUUGUUCAGUUGGUUGAUUGCGGUUGUUUUGCAAAUACCUUUGCAGUGUGAAGUUCAGAAAUUCAGAAAUAUUGUACUUAAUUGUAUAAUUGACAGUCUUAGCAAUGGUGAGAUGUACUUGCAAAUUCUUUGGGUUUCUACUUAUUUCAUCCUGUAAAGACAAACAUUUGAUGUCUGUUUUGAAUAAAUAUCCCUGUCUGUGGCAGUGGUCUCCCUCCCAAGGCAUUGCCGAGCAGAUCCCAAGGUUUAAAGAGAACCGGGACAACAUUUAAAUUUGUCAGCCGUUGUAGGUUCUUCUAGUGAUGUCACAUAAGGGAAUGAAAAGGCGUUUGAUGAUGGUUUGUGUCCGCCAUGGAAUGAAUGAAAGGACACCAGCACACAGCAUGAAAACAUCUGUGCUUUAGAUGCUCGUCUCCUUACACUUUAUCUUCAAUUCCAUCUAUAACUUUGCUUAAAGGAUUGCCUGCAACCAUGCAUGCUUUACAACAAGCAGGCUAGUUGCGUGAACGUGUACUUUAUGUUUGGUGGUGGUUUUUUUUAAAUGCUAUUAACAUAAAGGUUGGAUACCUACGUGUGUUAAGUGGUAUUUUUCAUGCCUUUUAGAAAAGAAAAAUGAAAAAUUUGAAUUAUUUUUUAAAAAUUUGAUCCAAGAAAAUUAGAAAACGUUCCUGGAUGGAGUUCCCACUUCUUUUCACUUACCGCUCUCAAAGGAGUGUCAAAUUCUGUUUGUUAAAAAAUAAAGUGGAAGUAACUCGUAAAACAGUCCCCUGGGUUAUGUGAAGCCAAGUGUUCUCAAAAGCACGUUUGUGGAUAUGCUCCCUGUGGGCUGAGUCUGAACACACCUCUCUGGUCUUAAAAUGUUUUCUGCUCUGUUGAACAUUGGAAAAAAUCUGAUUUUGUGCUGUUUCUCUCCGCGUGCGUUGCCGUGUUGCUGACAAAGGCACGCACAGGGUCACAGCAGCAGCCACCAUCCAGCCUGGGAAAGCGGAGGAGCGCAGCGAGUUGCAGUGGUAAUGUCAUAUUGAAUGUAUGGGAAAUAAGUUUGAACUUUUCCUGUUCAUGUAGGUGACACUAAAGGUCCAGUGCAGCAGAGAAAUGUGCAAGGUUUAUGCUCAUUUUCAUCCUGACUACAUUUCUAAAGGAAAUGUGUUAUACAGGUUGUAUUUCCUCUAUUAUUUUUGUUUUAUGGUGUCAAAACCAAUUCUUAAAUCAUCUUUAUAUGGUAAUGGUGGCUUCACAACUGUGAAGUGUUAUAUUGACAGAAAUGAUUCAUCUGGAGCAGUUUUUAAACUCAACUAGCUGCAUUUGUUUGGGCGAUGUGAGUGAGAAGAAUGAAGUUUAAGGCUCUUUUUAAUCUCAACUUAGCCAUAAGGCAGAGCGACUUUAGAAACUUUGCCUAUUCUGAAUUUUAUCUCCUUGUUCUCUAAAUAUAGGGCAUUAAUUUUGGGGUUUGUUUUGUUUUGUUUUGUUUUUUAAAUUGUUUCCUGUUUUGACUCAGUUCAUGAGUACAAGAGACUAAAAGAUUAAAAAAUCCAACAUACGUCUGGAAAAGGUGUGGGUGGAAUAGCAGCAGGAAGCUGGUGAAUUAGCUCCACUAUCCUGAAACUUUGAUCAUUCAUUUUGGUAAGAGAAUGCAGGUGAUUCCCGAGUGCUUGUAGGACUGACUGUAAUACGCUAUUUCUGCUAAUGGAAAGAGUGAUAAUGUAGGCAAGCGGGCAGGAGUGUUUCUGGUUUUAUGUAGUCAUGUCUCACAAAAGAACUUCAGCUUAAAUUGCUUAAAAAAACCCCAAAUGAAUAAUUUUAAAUAGAUGUGAAUAUGUGUCAGUCAACAAGAGUUUUCUUCAGUUGUAUUUGUGGGAACCAAUGUUUGAACGCAGCUCCAAGAUAAUUUCUGGCGAAUUAUUUCCUAUACUAAAUAAAAUCACAUAAGCACUAAUGAG